UACGACGUCGUAAAGCAACGGUUCACUUCAUCUCCUUAGGAGCCCAAUCGUUAAUUCAGCGAGUCUACUACAAUGAGCUCCUGCAAAACCCUAAUCCGUACAUCCCUUUUAUGCCUUGAAUUCAAAGUCCGAAGUCCCAAUACAACCAUCCGCCAUUUCUCGGCUUCUCUAUCACCUCAUCCAGUAGGGCUGAGGCUCAAGACCCAUAAACCACCUUCAAUUUCGAGACAUUACAAUGGUGUGGAAGGGGCAAUUUCUUUGGAAAACUCAGAGGAAAUGGUACCUCAAAAUGUCACCCCCGAAGUUCUCGGAAAUUCAUCUAAAGAAACAAUCGAGGUACUACUUUCAAAAGACAAGGAUGACAUAGCAAGGUUAAUGAAAUUUGAGCGCCGGCCAGGAAAUGAUAGUGGAUAUAUAAAUGAUCAUAAGCCAAAUCGUUGGUUUCCGUAUUUGGAUGAAGUCAAAGCGGGUGAUAUGUGUUUGAACAGUGCUGAAGUGCUAGAAGCUUUGGAUCCAUAUAUAAUGGAGACAAGGAAGGACAGGUUUCUGAAUGUGGUGAAUAACCGUAGCUAUUCUGUCUGCCUAGUGGUCGAGGGAUUGAGCGAUUUCGGGAACGUUUCGGCUGCCUUUCGGUCUGCAGAUGCGCUAGGGCUUCAGUCAGUUCACGUUGUGUCACGUGAUGGCUCCAAAAGGUACAAAGACAAUCGUCAUGUCAGCAUGGGAGCAGAGAAAUGGUUGGAUAUUGAACUAUGGAAUUCCACUAAAGAAUGCUUCGAAAUUCUAAAGUCACGUGGUUAUAGAAUUGCAACUACCCAUUUGGGGAUGGACGCGGUCUCUCUCUAUGAUGUGGACUGGUCAUGCCCUACUGCAAUUGUUGUUGGAAAUGAACAUAGGGGAAUAAGCAAUGAGGCUCUUGACUUAUCAGAUCUGCAUUGCAGUAUUCCAAUGAGAGGAAUGGUAGAUUCGUUCAAUGUUUCGGUUGCUGCUGGCCUUCUUAUGCACCAUGCUGUCUAUGAUAGAAAUUUGCGCAUGGGUUGUCAUGGGGAUCUAACAUUGGAAGAGCGCCAGAUUCUACUAGCAGAGUUUUAUCUCCGCCACAACACUAAUUCUAUUAGCAUAGCUAAUGAAUAUGCGAAGAGGAAGACAGCCAGUUCGUUGGAGAUUAUUUCUCCCACACUACAAGAAAAAUGAUCCCUUUUGACAAGAUUAUUUCCAAUGGAGAAGUUGCCAUUGUAAAUAAUCGUAGGGCUGAUGUUGCUGAUACUUGCUUAGGUGUCAACUUGAGAACUCAUUGGAUUCCCAGAGUUGCUGAUACUUGCUUAGGUGUCAACUUGAGAACUCAUUGGAUUCCCAGAGGCAUAGUCCAUACUUACAGGAGUUUAGUUUACUUUCCAUCAGUAUUUAUUUUUUGCUUUGUUUCUUGUAUGAACUGUGAUUUCUUGUAUGAAUAUGUAGACUCGUCUCCUCGCACUUCCUUUUUAUUGCCUCAAAUUUCAUUUCAUUUGAACGCAAACUCUUGCUUCGA